CAUCUCUCUCUCUCUCUCUAGAAUUCGCCUUGAUAGUCAGGUUCAGCUCCUUAAUCCUGACACCUUCCUUUCCCCUUCCCAUCUCUCUCUCUCUCUUGCUCACACCAAGAUUUCUUGUCCUCACCCAGCCUGUUCGCUUCGCUGUUGCUCUGGUUCUUCCUCCCGCGAUCGAUCCGGGCGUCGGAGUCGUAGGUUUUGCGGAACCCUGGCGGGUUGAUUGACUGACCAUAUAUGUCCACGGCGGUGGCGGCAGGGAUGCCACCGCGGCAUGGCGGCUUCCGGGGGUCACAGAAGGGGAAGGGGAAGGGAGAUUCCGAGGAGAGGAAUAUUAAUGGGUUCUAUGUAGAAGAGGAGGAGGAGGAGGCGCUGUCGGAGAGCUCGUCGAUCGGGGCGGCGUCGUCGGACAGCUCGUCGAUCGGGGAGAACUCGGCGUCGGAGAAGGAAGAAGAGGACGGGGAUGAGGUGGAGAGCAAGGUGAAGGCGGCGGCGGAGGUGGAGGGCCUGGAGAUGGUGGGGUUGGGGACGCUCGAUUCCUUGGAGGAUGUCCUUCCCAUCAAGAGGGGACUGUCCAACUACUACGCCGGCAAGUCCAAGUCCUUCACGAGCCUGGCCGAGGCCGCGGCGACGGCGGCCGCCAAGGAGAUCGCCAAGCCGGAGAACCCCUUCAACAAGCGCCGCCGCGUGCUGGCCGCCUGGUCUCGGCGGCGGGCCUCGUGCAGCGCGCUGGCCACCACCUACCUGCCCCCGCUCCUCGCCCUCGACCACACCGUCGUGGAGGAGGACGACGAGGAGGGGGCGGACCGCUCCGAUGACGAAGACGACAGCAACGGCGGCGCCGGCACGAGCAGGAGCCGGCGGCCGCCCACCUUCCCUCCCCCCAGGCUCAGCGUGCACACCACCCAGAUGAUGAGGAACCCGAACGCGAGCUCGUUUAGAUCCCCCAGGUCAUUCUCCAUGACUGAUCUCCAAAAUGCAAGCUACUAUAACUUAGCUGAAAAUUAGGCUGCUGCUGCUGCUUCUCCUCUCUCUUGAUCUUUAGGUGCGAGAGAUGUUGUUACUGCUCCUGCCACUACUAUAUAAUCAAGAUAUAUAUAACAAACCCCCAUUUCUUGUGUUUAUUACCGGCUGCCUGCCUGUGGAUGAUCCUGGAUCUUGAUUCUUGGCAUGAACAUUUCUAUGAACCAUCAAGACAAAUGUAAAGCAAGCAACUUGUCAUAACGAGAAACUAGGAAAUACGACAAAUAUGACUUGUUUA